CUUCUUCCGAAGAGCACGGCAACACGUUCAGAGUACAGACCGAUUGACGCAAAAUGACGGAUAUUUUCACGCGGACGUCAAUUUAACGCCAUUCCAAGAUGUACGCCGAGUGGCAAAAGGGUGAAUUGGUGUGGUUCGACCCCGGUGUCGGCCAUGUGCUGCCAGGCGAGGUUCUGGAAUAUCACAGAGCUGCUAAUGUACUUUCGGUCCAAGCGGUGAUCGCCGGCAAGCCGCAAAUCUUCACUCUCACCAACUUGAGCGGAGUGAAGCCCAGGCAGGACUUAGGUCAAAAUGGUGUGGAGGACAUGAUUCAAUUGACGGAUCUGAACGAGGCAUCACUAUUAUGGAACUUGAAGAUCCGUUACGACAAGGAAUUAAUUUACACAUACACGGGAAGUAUCCUCGUGGCGGUAAAUCCAUACAAAAUGUUCGACAUCUAUGGACUAGAUCAAGUGAAGCUUUACGAGGGACGAAUCCUUGGUACACUUCCACCACAUUUAUUCGCUGUGGGCUCCUCCGCGUACAGUCAAGUGACUGCAGCCAAUAACUCCAGUGCCAAUCAAGUGGUCGUCAUUUCCGGCGAAUCUGGCUCGGGAAAGACAGAGUCUACGAAGUUAGUGAUGCAAUAUCUCGCGGCCGUUAAUCGCGCGCCGAACAAUCUCGUCACCGAGCAAAUCCUAGAAGCGACACCGCUCCUAGAGAGCUUCGGAAAUGCCAAAACGCCGCGAAACGACAAUAGCAGUCGAUUUGGGAAAUACUUGGAGGUUCACUUCAGGGACGGCGCGAUCAUUGGCGGUAGAAUAACGCAAUAUCUUCUAGAAAAGAGUAGAAUAGUAACUCAGGCUUCGGAGGAGAGGAACUAUCACGUGUUUUAUGAACUUCUAGCUGGACUCGAUCAGCAACUCAGGGAUAAAUACGGCCUGCUUACACCGGACAAGUAUUUUUAUUUAAAUCAGGGUGGAAACUGCGAGAUCGAUGGCAAGAGCGAUGUGCAGGAUUUCAAGGCACUCUUGUCGGCCAUGCAGGUUCUCGGCUUCUCGUCCGAAGAGCAGGACACAAUUUUCAGGAUUCUAUCCAGCGUGUUGCAUCUGGGAAACGUAUACUUUCACCGGAAACAAAUGAGGCACGGCCAGGAAGGCGUGGAAGUCGGUUCCGACGCUGAAAUACGCUGGGCGGCGCACCUUCUUCAAGUAAAUUCCGAUGGCAUCAUCCGAGCUCUCACUACCAAGACGACAGAAGCGAGGAACGAGAGAGUCUUCACUGCUUUGAAUAUCGAUCAAGCCCUCGAUGCCAGAGAUGCUUUCGCGAAAGCUCUGUAUAGUUCGCUCUUUUCAUGGCUAGUCGCGCGCGUCAAUCAUAUCGUUUACAAGGGUACAAAGCAGACGGCCGCCAUUUCGAUCCUCGAUAUCUUUGGCUUCGAAAAUUUCACAGAGAACAGCUUCGAGCAGUUAUGUAUUAAUUAUGCAAACGAAAACCUGCAGUUCUAUUUCAACAAGCACAUUUUCAAGCUCGAACAACAGGAGUAUGCGAAGGAGAAGAUCGACUGGACUACUAUCAACUACACGGAUAAUUUGCCGGUCAUCCAUUUGAUCGCGAAAAAGCCUGUAGGCAUUCUUCACUUGCUGGACGAUGAAAGUAACUUCCCUAAAGCGACGGAUCUUUCUUUCUUGGAGAAAUGCCAUUACAAUCACGCGCUAAGCGAGCUGUAUUCUAGACCAAGGAUGAACUCCGCCGAGUUCGCGAUCAGACAUUAUGCUGGACAGGUCUGGUACAACGUAGAGGGCUUUUUAGAUAAGAACAGGGAUACCUUGAGACCUGAUGUAGUCGAGUUACUGAUCAGCAGCAAGAUUUCGAUGGUCAGCAAGAUGUUCCAACAUGUCAGAAACACUCAUGAAGCUAAUAAAACUAUGAAUAAACCGAAUGGCAGAUUUGUCACCAUGAAGCCGAGAACUCCGACUGUUUCGGCUCGAUUUCACGACAGUCUUCAGCAACUCUUAGAAUCUAUGUCUCAAUGUAAUCCGUGGUUUGUCCGUUGUAUCAAGCCAAAUACUGAAAAAGCUCCGAUGAAGUUUGACAUGCCCUGCGUGCUUGAACAAUUAAGAUAUACGGGCAUGUUAGAGACGAUCCGUAUCAGGAAAACUGGCUACCCGGUUCGCCUUCUGUUCGGACACUUUGUGGAUCGGUAUCGUUAUCUCGUCUCAACGCAUUUACCUAGGGGAGCGCCCAACAAGGAGCUCUGUAGAAUCAUUUUAGACAAAGCGGCUCCGAAAGAGGCACAGUCACAGUAUCAACUUGGACUCACACGAGUAUUUUUACGCGAAUCAUUGGAGAGAGCUUUAGAAUAUAACAGAGCAUUGAUUCUGGAGAGAGCAGCCAUCACAGUCCAGAGAUAUACGAGAGGAUUCUUGGCUCGCAGAAGAUUCCUCAAUAUUUCUCGAAGCACAGUUCUGAUACAAGCAGUAUAUCGUGGUUAUCGUGAACGUAAACAGUUCCGUGCGAUGAAAAAGGGUGUCCUAAUGGCGCAGAAAUUGUACAGAGGUAGGAAACAACGAGAGGUAUUCAAUAUAUUGAAGGAGGAGAUGGCGAAAAGAGCGGAGAUCGAAAGAGCCAGUAAAGAGCGAGCGAAGGCGAAACAACAACGAGAGGAACAGGAGAGGACCUCGCGAGCUGUAGCUGGUGUAAAUCACUUGGAGAUUCCCGCAGAACUAGCUUUUAUUUACAGCAAGCUUGAUGAUUGGCAACCCACACACACCGAGCGAAACCUUCUCAAGGUCGUUGGCCAAGUCAUCCCGAUAAAUUAUACGUACAAUUUACCGUCCGACAUCGAUCAGUAUCAAUUCUCGAAGUUCACCAAUAUUUAUUUCAAGAGUCACAUCUUCGGAAUGAAACGCGAGCCGAUCAAGACACCGUUCUUAGCAAAGGCUCGCGAUCAGGAUUACACGGAUUCUUUGAUGAUCUUUAAGAUGAUAUUGCGUUUCAUGAAUGAGAGUAAUCUUAAUGGCAAACGCGAGCAAGCGUUGGGUGACUACAUUGUUAACAAGGGUAUCGUGAACGAGAAAUUGAGGGAUGAGAUAUUAUGUCAGUUGGCAAAUCAAACCUGGAAGAAUGAGAACGACGCCAAUAAGGAAAGAGGAUGGUUGCUGCUAUCCAAUUGCUUGUCAGCAUUCCAACCCAGUGCCACGCUCUUUAAAUACUUUCUGAAAUAUGUCUCCGAUCACGCCUACGACGGCUACAAGGCUUAUUGCCAACGUAAAUUGUUGCAAGGCGAGAGAACGGUACACCAUAUGAUGAUUAAUAAUCAACAAACAGUGCAUCAAGUACCCAGGAAUUAUCCACCGUGUGUCCUAGAAUGGCGAGCCAACAGGAAUCGCGUAAAUAUGGCGCUCAACGUUGGCUUCUACGACGGCGAGACAACUACAUGCGCGAUAGAUUCCUGGACAACAUGCGAAGAGUUGGCUAAUCUCGCGGUUCGGAAUCACGGGGUAGAGAACACUGGCUGGACUAUUACGCUCUGGAAUCAACUGGACGGCCCGGACGCUAUUGUGACGGAGACUAACGGCUUCGAUUACGUCCUGGACCUAAUCUCAGAGAUGGAAUUGGCACCAGCUUUCCCCGCUGCCAAGCAUAUGUUCUUGGAACAGCGCAAGAAUAGUCUGCCGCCCAUAAAAAAACGAGAACACGCUCAAGUUAUUCGGGAGUUGGAACAAGAGAUGGAAAUUCCUAUUCUAAAAACCUUCCAACCUUUGGAAAGAAAAUCAGUGCCAAAAGUAGUUGACAAGCCCGUUGAAUUGGAGAUUCAAGUACCCAGGCGGCCGAUAGUUCCUCCGCCACAACCACCCGUUACGAAACUACCCAUGCGAAAACAAUCGCACGACGUUAUUUUGGAGACUACAACGGAAAUGGGAUUGUCGAGAAAAUCCGCUUUAAACGACCGCUAUUUUGAAAAGGAGAAACAGCGUAGCCGAAGUUUGGACAACCUGCUUCAGUCGGAAGUCGUGCCUUCACCGGUAAAACUUGCCAAUCUCGGGCUUUCCUCAUCUAAAUUGAACGAACGAUAUCACAGUUUGGAAAGAAUCGGUGAGACUCCGGCAGUCAGUAAUGUUGAGUACAUGACACGUACUGAGAUUACACCGGAGAGGAAGUAUAGCAGGGUCACAAGGACGACGGAGCCCAACAUCGAGGAGGAGGAUCUCACGAUUGACUUUGAAUACCCGGAUAUUCAGUCCGUUAGUCAAACCGGAAGAUCGGAGGAUGAUAAGAGCUAUAUAAGGUCGCAGACCAGGUUCAUCAAGUCGCAAUAUCCUGGCAAACGUGCGCUGCCGGGAAGUCAGUCUAGUCGCGCUUACAUCGAGAAGAGUGAAUAUGGUGUAAAAUCGUCUGCCAUGUCCGACACCAGCGAGGCGCCUUCUUUAGCGUCGCAUGUGAGACGCGUUAGGGUGCCCAGCCAAGCUUCCGACGUGGAUCAAUUUUUAGAUGAGCUUUUUAUGCCCGUAUUGGAUGGCAAUCUUGACGAACUAUCGGAUGCCCGUAGUUUGGCCGCUUCGAUAAAAGGUUCAUAUGAUAUCAGGACAUCUGGCGACCAAACAGUUUCCGAGAAUCUGCAAAGAAUCGACAGUCGAGUUAUCAGAAUAGCCACAGUUGAUGACUUUGUCGAAGGAAUGAUGAUGAGAAAUAAUGAUGUGAAUAUCGAUGCCGGUGAAUUGUCGAAAAAGAUUAAGGGAGGUGGCAAUAUGGACAUCCCUAAUCAAAACGCAGCUUUUAACUUCACCCCUAUUGCACAGAGCAUGAUGUCACCACCUAUGAUGAUGCCCAUGUUUAGCGCUACUCAACAGGUUCCGCCCGCACAGAAUACCAGCAUGAGCAUGGGUGCAAGUUUCAUGCCCAUUCCGAUCUACAGCAUGCAGGGACUCAGUUUACCGCAAUAUCCCAAUUCACCGCCUAGCCAAAGCAACGAUAUGAUGGCGUACCAACAGAAUCUGCAGCGAGCUUUCCUGCAGAGUGCAAUGGCGCAAAAUAUUCAGAUACAGCAGCAGCUAUUAGCGCAGAAUCAGGCUCUGCAGCAGCUGUUGGUUCAGAGCCCGCAAAACUCAGGACAGCAACCGAGCACGGUGUUACCCGCUGGCCCCUCAAGCAUGAAUCUUGUUCCCUCAGCCCCCCCAAUCGGUGCCCAUAUGGGGCCCAAUGAUUCUAUCGGACGCUACUCCAAGGUUUCAUUUAGAGAACCCGACGACGGUGAAUUAUGGUCAACCGAGAAACGGGGAAGCUCCGUUCUAACUUCCACUCCAAUUAGUCAACGACAAGAAACGAUGACAGUAAAAGCCCAAAUUCAUCGAUCUCAGAGUCCACCAAGGAAGAAUGCUGAGACCAACAGGAAGACAAGCAUUGAUUACGCGCGAAAGCUUAGCGUGGAUCGUAAAGUAGUAGAUAGGAAGGCGUCAUCAGCACAGGCAGACAUGAAGAGAACCAAUUUAAAUAAGAAUAACAUACAGAGUAACUUUACUAAUGUGCUCAGCGAACUGAAAAACAGGAAGAGCAGCGUGGACAGCAAUCCUUCAAGUUUGAGCAAUAAUAAAGGUGUUCCUCCACCCCCGCCGAUGCCUCCGCCUUUAGAGUCUCAUGAUCCUUCCGAAUCUAGACCGUUCCUCGAUCCAUACGGUAGGGCGAAGACGGUGCGCAUCGGAAAAUGGAGGUGGCCACCGCCUAGCGACUCGAACGAGAAUCAAGGGCAAGACAGUUUCAUAGAAUUCAAAAUGCGUCAGCAACAUCAGCAACGCAAAUUAACGCCGCAGUAUCAGGAGUAUGACCAAGGCGAAGGCGAAGCUACAACGGAAGGUGGCGUUGAGUGGGAAGAAUUCGAAAUUGAGAACAUCGUCAGCAACGAAGAUCGAUCCGUGAUUGCGCAAACGACCGCGGCGAAACACGAGAAUGGAUACAAAGAAGAAGGAGAAAAGAAGAAAAAGAAAUCGAAGUCGGCGUUGGAAGUGGGCGCGCAGAGACCAUCUCCGGGAAGUAUAGGAAAGUUGAAGCUCAGCUCAGAGAUGAGGCAGAGAUUGGAGAAGGUAACGGCGAAUCAUAGCGUAAGAUCCACGAAGACGGCUGAGAAACCCGCUCUCCCGCGAGAAGAUGGGAAGGUUAAACGGUUGGAAGAUAAUCGGAAGCUUCUAUUAGAACAGCAACUAGGUGGCAGGUGGGACGAUUAUGCCUCUACUGUUGAUGACACCCAAAGCGUUACUUCUAAGGGUACAACCGACAUGAUGACACAAGCUCAGGUGGUAAGAACACAGAUUGAAAGAAUGGAACGGCCUGUACCGCCCCCGCCGCCCAUCACGCCGCCGCAGCCACCGAGUCCAAGAGGCGGUAGUGUAUACAGUAACAGUCAAUCCGGUGUACCUCAGCCGCGAUCUCCGCCAGCACCCAUCGAACCGAAAACACGCGACUCCUUCCGCACGUCUCCGGACUCCGAGACUUAUGAUCAUUUCUCAAAGAACCAAAUGUUCAGCCAAAGUCGUGAUAUCUUCGCCUCGCAGCAACAUUUACGCGACGGUCACGAUUAUCGAAACGAUUUCGACCAGGUUCGCGCUCAGGAUGCCAAGUCGAAAGACUUUUAUAGCAAGGACAGCAUCGAUCUGGCAAGUUCGGUGCGCGAUCGCAACUCCGACUUCGACUCGCGUCGUGACCUCAACUCCGAGCUCUUCGACUCCAAGUACGCGUUUGACGGAUCUGCCGGAAAACGCGAUCCCUUUGGCAUGACUCGGGACGUAUCCCCUAAAUCUCGGGACAGCUUCGGGAUGCCAUCGCCGCGUGACUUCGGUGUAAUUCCGAAUACGAGGGAGUCUUUCAGUGUCGCGCGGCAGAGCUUUAACAAGUUGGAUCGGGAUGUGGAUAGGCGGUCAAGCGUAGCUUCGACCCAUCGCACCGACAAGAUGGAAAGGAUCGAGAUUGAAGAAUGGCCGGAGUUUCUCAAACCGGUAUUACCGCCGGCGGACAAGCCGGAGAUCGAGAAAGUCCAGGAGGUGAUGAAUACCAAGCUCUAUCCGCAGACCUCUAACGCGCAUUUUACAUAUAACAGAGUUACAUGGACUCUGAGAGUCAAGAAAGAGGUCUUUGCGCCUAACGAAACGCUAAAUAGUCCUCUGGCAUUACACUUGGUAUUCUGUCAGGUUGUAUACGACGUGCUGGCGACCUCCAGCAUAAAAAUCACCAAGGAAGACCGGCAGAACAUGCUGAAGAUGCUGGAUAAUUAUGGCGUUACGCUGGAUAAUCUUCAGAGCACGCAACACAAAAUCACGAUCAAGAAGAAUGUCGUGGACAUGGCAAAGCAAUGGCCAUUAUACUUCGCCCGGAUAUUUCCUGUAUCAAUCGGCCCUCAACACCCGGAGACGCAACACGUGGCGGUGUCUCAUCACGGACUUCGGUUGGUCAAGCGCACACUAAAUGGAGAUCUGAUCAUUUUGGAAACCCUACCGCUAGAGGAUAUUGUCUCCGUAAAUUCUUCCAGGCCGGGUGUGUGCGUGCUACAGAUCGCGUCGGGAGUCAGAUUACCCCUACACACAAAUCGCGCCCCGCAGUUGACGGAGAUGAUCGGCAAAUACAUUAGGCUGAUCGAUCAGAAACCACAUCUGCAGAGGAUCAAUCAUCACGAGAAUCACGUGUCCCAAAUUACUAAGACGAUUCAGUCGCAAGCAAAUCACACGAAUCACAGUCAGCUCCACAAUCAUUCCAAUCACGUAAUUUCCGAGCAUGAGAAUCACGUACCGAUCGGUCGCGUGCCCAAUCACGUGUCGGCCGUCAACCAAGCGAACCAUCAGAAAAAUCUACAAAACCAGCGAUUGAGCCCGAGCCAGGAGUGGCGGCAACCGGAUGAGAAUAUUCGACUCCAGGACGACGGCAUCUACGAGAGCGGACCGGUGGUAUCGAACGACGGCAAACAUUCGCUCUUGCAGUACGCCAUGCUCAAUUUCCGUCAAAACACAGAAAAAUUCGAGAUGUUAAAGACCGCGGAUGGAUCGAUCAGCGGAUCCCUUAAGGUGAUCGAGUCGUUGAAGAGCAAGAAGAAAAACAAGAAGAGUAAAGGGCAACAAGAUGGCACCGAAUGGACCUGGAAGGAACAAGUGGAUCUCGUCAAAUACUCCACCGUUCCUAUCGAGCAGAGUCUGCUCAGGCUGGAUGCUGAUCUGAGUAUUUUAGCCGUUGAAUGCUUUCUGUGUCUGAUGAGGUACAUGGGGGACCAACCAUUGCCGCCUGAGACCAGUGAAGUCAAGUGCGUCUACACCGUCCUUAUGCAUUGUCAUAAAUACGAGCAGUUGCGUGACGAGGUUUAUUGCCAGCUGAUGAAACAGACUACCAAUAACAAGAGCCCGAAUCCAGAGAGCUGCCAGCGUGGUUGGCGGAUCUUCAGCAUCAUCGCCGCCUACUUCACGUGCAGUGAGGGCCUCCGACCCUACCUGACAAAGUACCUUGAAACGGCGGCGUACGAUAAGCGUCGCGCUUACCACGGUACCGCGAUGGUAUGCCUGCAGAACCUGCGAAAAACCGUCAAGUACGGCGGGCGCAAGAACGUGCCCAGCGUGGAGGAGAUCAUGGCGAUUAGCGCGGGCAGGAACGCGAAGAGGCAAAUCUACCGGCUGCCUGGAGGCACCGAGCGGGUCAUUAACACGAAAUGCACGACUGUCGUGCAGGAUGUUAUUGAGGAGAUGUGCAACGUCAUCUCCGUAAGAAACCCACACGAGAUGGACGAGUUCUCGCUGUACUGCAUCGUCGACGGCGACGCGUUCACCAUGCCGUUGGCCAGAGACGAGUACGUCCUGGACGUAACAACGGAGCUCCAAAAAAACCACCAAGUGUUCUACUUAAUAUUUUGCAGAUCUGUUUGGUACUAUCCUCUACGGCUGGAUGCAGCAUUGUAUAUAGAAGUCGUAUUUAAUCAAAUUGCUCCCGAUUAUCUAGAAGGACUUUUACUAGUUCUACCUGGAGAACAUUUACCUCAGGAAGUAAUUUAUGACAUGGCGCAAAUAGCGGCGCUAUUGCACAGAGCGGCCGACAUGACGCACGAACCCGCGACGAAGGAGAUUAAAUAUCUGUUGCCAAAAACAGCGCUCAGCUUGAGAGAGCCCAGGCCGCAACAAUGGUCGAACAUGGUUCAGCAAGCCUGGAACAACGUUCAGCACUCUUCGGCGGCUACUUGCAAGGCGCAAGUACUCGAAAUAUUGUCUAAGUGGCCACUUUUCGGGUCAAGUUUCUUCGCGGUGAAGAGGGUGCCCGAGGGCAAGGAAAAGGGCGCCGAUCAUAUUCUCGCUCUCAAUCGACAUGGAGUGCAUUUCAUAGAUCUAAUCACGCAUGAAACACUGUAUCAUUAUCCCUACUCCGAAGUGAUCUCCACUAGGAAGGUCAAGUCUGAAGAAGGCACGCUCUACCUCGACAUGAAGUGCGGCAAUUUGAUGCAACAGCGUAUCACAAGACUUCAGACGGAGCAGGCCCAUGAAAUCUCUCGCCUCAUCAGGCAGUAUAUCACUAUGGAGCAAAGGACGUCCAAUGCUCAAGGUGGAGCCGGCAUCGGGCUCGGCAUGAGAUAAGCUUCCUCGUAACGCGGCGUUCUUCCUUCGCGACCGAUAUCCGAUCCGGAUUAGUCAAUUUACAAGAUGGUAAUCAAGUUAAGUCUUCGAUUAAUGUACUGUAACGUAGUGAGGUGUAACGCCGCGAGUGUAGCCAACAUAAAUUACGGUAUUGUUCUUAACGUGGCCUGCGUAAGACACCGACUUUGAGAUUCUCAAGCU